AAUAUGCGGUUUAGCGCGAGUCUCUGUCGUGAAUCGUACUUGUUUGCGACGGGGGAAUGAUAUGUACGCAUGCAUGAUUGUGCUCCAUCGUUAACCGACCUACAGUAUAUCGCUAGACUGAACUAUCUAGUUGUGGGAUUCUGAGCUUUCCUACUCACGCCUAAAAACGAUGAGAUGCACGAGGAUGUUUUUUUUUCUUUGAAAAAGAAUGAGCAUUCUCUAUAUAUCUACGUACAUGUUUGUUGGAAAGCCCAAGUAUUGACCAGACGAAAAUUGACCCAGGUCGACAAUCUUCCUCAUCUUCCGUCCUCCCAGCUACAGCUAAGCUCCUCCCGUCCUCCCUCUUUACUAGCUACAUCUACGGCGUCCGGACGUGGACCCUGGAAAACAUAUCAGACCCCACUCGGGCCAAUAACCAGGGAGACGGGCGAUGAUGGCUGGUGGGAUCACAGACAGUCUUGCCUGGUUCCUGCGAGUCGAGUCCCACCCAGAGGUCAAAUGAGAUAUGCCCACCGGGAACAGUCGGGAAGGGAGGAAACCGUGGUAUCUGUGCUGGGUCGGUGGUAUUUCCAGUAUCGAGAUGUGCGGUGUUGCCUUUCGCAACGCCCUGAUUAUCUCCCCUCUCCACCGCCUACAUCAUCCCUCCCCUUCGCCUCCCCCCUCCUAAAUCCAUCCAAAUCCUCCACCCAAAUCGCAUCCAACCGCUCACUACCCCCACUCACACCUCCCGCACCGCCCGGUCCACCUCCGCCAAACACCACCUCGGGGGUAUUCACAUGCUUCAACAGCACCUCCAACGUUUCCUCCUUCAAUCCAAAUUGGCGGGCGAGGGCUGCAUUGGAGAGUUCUGCGGGGUGCACUGUUCGACGCAUCCUGAGGAGCAUGGUGAGGGUGGAGGUUGGGAGACGGCCGGUAGGUUCCGGGGUUGUUGACGGCAUGGUGGGAUUGAUUUCGCGGGUUUCGUAGAGUGACGCAUGGGAAGCGCUGUCCUGCUGGGCAUUGAGCUGCCGUUUGUUGAGGAUGGUGAGCAUUUCGUUGUCUUUGCGGAACUCCCGUUUGGGAACUGAGCUCAGAUCGAAGGCCAUCUUCUGGUAGUGUUCCAGGAGCCGUUUAUGUUCUUCCCUUGGGUCUUCCACAGGGGUCCCGUUUCCAUCAGACUCCUGGGCCUGCUGGGCCUGCGGUGCCACACCUCCAGGAUGCAAGGCAUCCUGCAGAGGCACUGCUCCUGCUGUUGUGGGAUGUGCUGAAGCUGAUGUCGGCGUCGGGUGGAUGUGGGCGGGUCCGGUUGCCAACGGAGUUCCGGCGGCCGUGGGAGGCCGUGUUGGGAAGCGGCGGACUGUUUUGGAGGUCUGGCUGCCCAUAGCUGGAGUUUUCCUUAUCGGGGGUGUGUGUGUCGGUUUCUUUGCUGCUGUCUUUUCGAGAGCGUUUGA